AUGAACAGUGUCAUGUUCAGCGUCAUGAUUCGACAAAUCUAUAAGCGGCCUGCAGGGUCGACGGCCACCCCAUUGUUCCUGUUCCACGAUGCAAGCGGCACGAUCGCCAGCUACUACACACUGGGCCCCAUAGGCCGUGAUGUGUACGCCGUCCCAGAGUCACACAUGGCCAGAGACAGCGGCGGCACCCUGCAGGAGAUCAGUCGUCAUUACUACGCUGCGAUCAAGGCCAUCGUCCCGGAAGGUCGGGUGCUGCUUGGAGGCUGGUCACUGGGCGGGAUGAUCGCCCUGCAAGUCGCGUGGAUCUUCAGCCGUGAUUCCAAAGUGAUCGUGGAUGGGAUCAUCAUGGUGGAUAGUCCCUUCCCGGACUACCGCCAUGUCGUCAAUUGCGAUCUGAAUUCGCCCAUCUCGGAAGACGGCCCCACGGACGCGACGAGCCGUCUGGAGAAUUCUAUCCUGCGCACUGUAAAUAUGUUGCACCACUGGCGGCUCCCUGUUUGGCGUCGACAGCCCCAGCCGUACACGGUUAUGCUGUGUGCGACUGAGCGACUGACGCAUGCCAUGCCCCCGGCUUUGUCCUUUGUCGACCAGUUCAGAGACAGUCCCAGCUUGGGCUGGAACGAGCGCGCGGGCGUUGCAGUGGUGAACAAGAACUAUUUCAUCAAGGGCCACCACUUCAGCCUCUUCGAGCCGCGAAACGUCGCCUCGGUCACGAAGGUCGUGGCCACGAUUGCGAAAGAAAUGGAGGUCUUGGCCUGUUUCGACGAUGACGACGGAACGACAAUGGCACAAUUCCAAAUGGCAAACCCUCUGGCAGCGUAG